GAUCUCAAAGCUGCCAUACCCAGUGUGGACACCCCCACAUCUCUUACAUCUUCAGACAGACACAACCUACCCCUGAGCAGUGCCUCACGAUUUGCUAGAUUGAAAUUUGAAAAAAAGAAGAAGCCCGGGAACAAUCUCAUGCUUUGCAUUAAAAAAUAAUGCUCUGAAAUAAGGGGAAAUAUUUUAAAAUAUAUUCCUAAAAGUAAUGAGCAGGCACAACUAGCCUAAUUUGGAGAAUAAGCCUCAGGAAAAAGAGUUAUUUGAAAGAUUCAGGAUGAAGCUAGUUUUUUGUGAGGGAUUCCAAACAUGAAUAUGUGUGUCUUUGUGAGUGUGCUGAGGAGAGAAGGUUUGCAGAGGAGAGACAGAGGAGACUUUGUGCAUGGUGUUGGCUCUGACACAGCUCAGCCUGUUCACUCUCUCUGUUUUUCAUUUCUGCCUUCACAGGAACAUGCAGUGGCUCCUCAUCCCCACCAUCCUUAUAAUCACUUAUGCUCAACAGCUUUCUUGCAGGGUGCAAACCAACAGGCAGAAGGAAGGAAAGCCUGGAGAAAAAUCUGCAGAGGUUCAUCAACGCAGAGAGCUAUGCCACUGGCCCUGCAGAUGCCCAGUGGUACCAACCUGCAGCCCCGGGGUGAGCCUGGUGAAGGAUGGCUGCGGAUGCUGCAAGAUGUGUGCCAAGCAGUCAGGGGAAACAUGUAAUGAAGCUGAGGUCUGUGACCCCCACAAGGGGCUAUACUGCGACUACUCUGCAGAUAAGCCUAGGUAUGAAAAUGGAGUGUGUGCAUAUAUGAUAGCAGUAGGUUGUGAGCUCAAUGGGGUGCACUAUGCCAAUGGCCACGACUUCCAGCCCACUCCUCUUUACAAAUGUCUGUGUGUGAACGGUGCAAUUGGAUGUACACCUGUCUUCAUCUCAAAGCCAGCACCUAAUGAAUGUGCAGCACCGAAGAGCAGAAAGAAAUCUGGACAAUCCAAAUGUGUUUCAGGACAGCAGGAGCAGCAGUCAACCAGUUACAGAUUAAUGUCAGCUUUCAGAAGUGUGCCGCUUGUUUUAAAGAAGAAGUGCCUGGUUCAAGCAACUCCUUGGACACCUUGUUCCCGAACCUGUGGCAUGGGAAUAUCUGACAGAGUGACCAAUGAAAACAGUAAAUGUGAAAUAAGAAAGGAAAAGAGACUGUGCUACAUUCAACCAUGCCAAGCAAAAUUUCCAAAGAGCAUAAAGAUACCUAAAGGAAAAACAUGCCGACCUACAUUCCAGCUUGCCAAGGCAGAGAAACUAGUAUUUUCUGGAUGCACAAGUACACAAAGAUAUAGACCAACCUUUUGUGGAAUCUGCCUGGACAAGAGAUGUUGCAUACCCAACAAAUCUGUAAUGAUUACAGUGCAGUUUGACUGUCCAAAGGAAGGCUCCUUUAAGUGGAAGUUGAUGUGGAUUACAUCUUGUGUUUGUCAGAAGACAUGCAAUGAUUCAGGAAACAUAUUUUCUGAACUCAAACUUUUGUAAGUGGCAACACAGGAAAGAAAAUGGUCAAAUGUUCCCAUGAAAAGUUGCUCAUUCAACACCACUGACAGGUAGCUGUGUUUGAAAUUUUAGGUUUUAAAUGAAUUCACACAGCAAUCCUUUCAUCCAAGACAGAGCUUGCCCCUAAUGUGUUUUAUUUUGAAAAGCAGAAUGUGUGGCUAUUUAAAUCCAGUUAAAUACUGUAGCUUCAAAGCAUUUUCUUAAAUAUUUUAAAAUGCAAUACUUAGAUAAUUUAUGUGGAAGGGUUAUACCAAUCCCGUAGAAAAAUGGCAGGUUUUCAUGCAUAAAAAUUCAAUCAAAUUAGUUACCUAUACACAACUGAUUCAUAUGGAUGUUUGCCCAAAGAUGCAUGUACACAAGCUGCACCCCAACAUCCAAGUGCUCAAUCCCUAAUCAUCUCCACAGUGAACAGGUCUGCAAGGGACCUCAUAAAGCCUGCAUGAGAUGUUCAGCUGAACAUGAAUGAAAGCUCCUUGAAGAUCUUCCCUGUUCAAUGCAGGUAUGAUUAGGGAUUGAAUGAGGAGUGUGCAAUGCAUGGACAAUGUGUGCACACCCUUUCAGUUUUCUAUAAAUUUGUGCCUAAGCAAUAUUUCAAAGCUGUAAAGUGAACAGUAUCAGACUGCGUGCAAAAGUAAGAAUUCAACACCCAUAAAAUCAUUUAUCCAAAUAGUUUGCAUGCAUGUGCAUAGUGCUAACUUGUGAUUAAGAAGAUCACUCACCACUGAACUCAAUGGAGUUUACAUCUGAAUAGAAACAUAUAGGAUUGUUUCGCACCUGUGUGAAAAUGUGGUGGUGUGCAAUUUGUCACCCAAACCAGCUAGUGAUGGGUACAUAAACUUCAACACAUGCAUCUCCUCAGAUAGAUCAGGGUGACUGAGGGAGUCAACACAAAACAAGGAUUUGGGCAUUUAUUUAUGAUUAUUUAUGAGAUCUACAAAGCAUGAUUGUAUGUAUCAAAUUGCAUAUUUCUUGAUGAUCGAUAGCAUAGUGAAACACCUUUAUGUUUACUGGAACAAAAUCGUAGUUUUCUAGACAGGCAAUUUUAUAUGGAACAGUCUUUAAUAUUGAUCUUCCAGGUUAAUAUUUUCCUUUUC